CACUGUGAAAGGAAUCUUACAUCAUUUGUGUCUUGUCCCCUGCUGCUUUUUUCUUCAGAGAGUUCAGAUAGAGGGAGCUCAUUCUCUUCUGCUCUGCUUGUGGAGUGGAGAUGGAUCAUGGAUGUGUAUAAAAGGGAAAGCCUGUGGCCUUUGGAGCCAUACAAUGAUCAGGAACUGAGAGUGGCAAGAGCCAAGGAGUAGUUAGAGCUCAGUAGAAUACAGUUCGUGAGUCACUUCUCUGACAUCAAGCAGUUACACUAGUUCAGAGGUUUUCAUUCUUACAGUUGCACAGUACUCACUUCUUGCCUGAAUUCACUUCAGGCUGGAAGAGAGAGAGAGUAGAAGCACACAAUUCCACAAUGCCCAUGGAGCAAGUAUUCAGGCACUGCGACAAAGAUACGCUGAAGAUGGCCAUGCUGAAGCACCAACAGACUUUCAGACAGCAAGUUCACGAACUCCAUCGCUUAUACAGGAUUCAGAAGCUUCUGGUGCGAGACCUCAAGAGGGAGCUCAAGAGCCAGAGGAACCUGUCGACCUCCCCGAACGGCGGCUCCACCGAGCACAGCAGAGGCGCGCUCGGCAUGUGCGCCUACGAGCACCGCUACGCCGCUCGCGGCCCCGGCGGCUACGUGGCAGUGGCGACACCAACGCCCCGCACGGCGCUCAGCUUCGACGUCGUGACGCCGGCCGUCGAGUACAUGCGGAGCGCGGAGGAGGACGAGGACGAAGCGGAGGAGGAGACCGACGACGACGCGGAGCUGGAGCUCACGCUGGCCGUGGGCGGCGGCGGGGCCAAGAAGAGAUACGGCGAGUACCCGUCCGGCGGGGAGAGCCUCUCGUCGUCGUCGACGGAGUCCGACGUGCUCACCGUCUCCGGCCGCGAGUGGCGCCAGGCGCGCGGCACGCCGUACCACCACAAGAGGAGGCCGGGCGCUGGGCUGGACGUGGUGCAGGCGGUGGAGGACGGCGUCGGGAUGCAGGCGCCGCCGCCGCCGCUGCUCCACUGGCUCAGCCUCAAGAUGGCAUGACACUGCGAGAGGGGAAUCAAAGAACGCAUUGCAUGUGUUGAUUUGCUGCUCCUAGUGUCAGGGUGCUGACUUGCUACUGUUCUUCAGUUGAAUGCUGCGCGUUCAGAUCAAGUCUAGAAAUUAAAUCAAUAAUUGACUAGUCGUUCAGGAGAAUGUGGGAGCCACUUUCCAAAACGUAAAGAGACUGUAGGGGCUUGCUUUUCAGAUUAAGCUACAAGCGUGACUACCUUACUUAC